AUGCUGUUGCUACUGUCACUGCUGCCUCUCCUGCCGCCGCCGCUGCUGCCGCCGCCGCCGCCGCCGCUGGUCCUGCUUUUGCUUUUACUCCUCCUGCAUGACAGUUGUUUUCUCCAUCUGAGCAGACCCCAGUUUCAGAUGCUCGAGGUGAGAAACAUGCCUUUCAGUUUGGGCUACUGGUUUACUUAA